CUGUCAAAACAGUCAAAACUCAUUCACUGAUCAGUCGUCUUCAGCAGCAGUUUUCAUAAAAACGCACUGUGCUUCUAGUUUUUUUUUAAAUAAUUUAGCCAAUACAAAUACUCAAAGUAAUUGAAGUCUUGUAUCAGAUCCCUGAUUUGGCCAAUGAAAACAUUCAAAGCUAUUUUCAUUGUCAGUUGUGUUUUACAAAAUUAAAAGUGAAAACACGUAAUAUGAUCUACACUUACAAGUUACACAAAAAUAUAUUUUUUAUUUAAUAUUUUUAUACGGCAUGUAAAUAUAUUAUUAUUAGUUGUAAAACAUUAACAUAUGUAAGAGUAAAAUAUUGCCGGCUAAAUAAACUAGUUUUAUAAUGGACGCAAUUUUUCAAUUAUUUUGGACCGGUGUGAUUUACGUGUCUGCAUCCGGAAUAGCUUUGCUUAUAGCAUUAUCAAUUGUCUUAUACAUUAUAACAAGCCCCUAUCCAGUUGUUGAGAAAUAUGAAGAAGAAGAAAAAUACAAUGACAAAAAAAAUAAGACAACACUCAAGUUCCCUAGCAUUGAUGAUAAUGAAUCAGUCAGUCUGAGUGUAGUAGUCCCUGCCUACAAUGAGGAGGAAAGAUUACCACCCAUGCUAGAUGAGACAAUAGAAUUCCUAGAGAACAGACUGAAAGAGCACCCUCAGUACAGUUAUGAGGUAAUUGUUGUGAGUGAUGGCAGUAGAGAUAAAACAGUGGAAGUGGCAGAGUCUUAUUCGGAGAGAUAUGGGAGUGAAAAAGUGAGAUGUCUCAAGCUGAUCAAGAAUAGAGGAAAAGGAGGAGCUGUACGACUGGGUGUACAAAGUUCCAGAGGAGCUUUAAUACUAUUUGCAGAUGCAGAUGGUGCGUCAAAAUUUGAAGAUUUUACCAAAUUAGAGACAGCCAUGAAAGAUGUUGUUAAAUGUGAUGUCAUUGAUGAAUCAAAGAAGGUCAGCAGUUCUUUGGCAAUGGUGAUUGGAUCCAGAGCACACCUCGAGAAAGAAUCAUUAGCAACAAGAAGUGUUUUUAGGAACAUACUUAUGUACGGGUUUCAUUUUCUCGUGUGGCUGUUCACUGUGAAAGGCAUUAAGGAUACACAAUGUGGGUUCAAACUAUUCACCCGGGAAGCGGCGCGGACGUGCUUCCAAAGUCUACAUGUUAACAGAUGGGCAUUUGAUGUCGAACUAUUGUACAUUGCACAAAAACUGAACAUUCCAAUAGUAGAGAUUCCAGUAAGAUGGACUGAAAUAGAGGGCUCUAAGGUGACUCCAGUGCUUUCCUGGAUACAGAUGGGAUGUGACUUGGGCCUCAUCUGGCUCAAGUAUAAAAUAGGAGCUUGGAAAAUUAAAAGUGAUAAAACCAACUAAAAUGUUCUUAGUGUUAUUUUCAUAUAAAUAAAAAACUAUUACUGCAA